AUCUGUCCUCAUAAUCAACUCUUGACUUGCAGUUUAAAUAUUUCAGUGCAUGUAUCUGGUCACGGGCACUGGAGUUAUGAUAGUCCAACUGGUCCAGAUCAUUGGGGAGGUGUCUGCAAAACGGGUUUGCGACAAUCACCCAUCGAUAUUCAGGCUGCAGAUCUUGAUUUCGAGCCAAUGCCACGAAUUCAUUUCGUUAAUUAUGCCCAUAGAGGACCGAUAAAAGUUGAAAAUAAUGGCCAUACAGUGAUGGUGAGUGGAUUUGAUAAAUGGGGUGAUAAAAGACCGUAUAUAUACGGCGGAGGAUUGGAUGCAGAAUAUGAAUUAGAACAGUAUCACUUCCACUGGGCACAGAACGAUUCGGGCAGUGAGCAUACUCUGGCAACGUUACAUUACCCUGUUGAGAUCCACUUGGUGCAUAAGAAGAGAGGCUUGGUCGAAGGUGAUAAAUUAGGCGUUGAUGGGAUCGCAGUUGUUGGUAUUUUCGGUGCACUUGGUAACAAUCCAGGACCACUAGCCGAUAUCGAACAAAGUCUGCGAGCAGUUACAACUAAUGGUAAAAGUACAUCACAAGAUGGCUAUCAACCAAUGCCAAUCCUACCGGAUGAUUUGGAAACGUUUUAUCGCUAUGACGGAUCACUCACAACGCCUGGAUGUGAUGAGGCAGUGGUAUGGACAAUUAUGUCCAAAUAUGUAUCAAUCACUCCCCAACAGCUUAAUCUAUUGAGACAAGUUAGAUUCGCAUCGGGUAGAAUCGGUGAGAAUGUCCGUCCAACACAACCGCUGAAUGGAAGGCGUAUUAAAUUUAGACCAAGCAACUACUCUUUUCAAUAUAACGUUGCUUCGUCCAUAUUUGCACCAUCGUUUUACUACAUGCUUUCACAAUUGUUUUAA